CGGAAUUUGGGCUUUCCUGCAAUAGAGAGAGACCCGAACCGGCCCAUGUAAGUAAGGACCGAAUCACAGGGCACAAAAUCAAAAAUUAUACUCUCUGGACUCUGAAAGCUUAAUCUUCUCGGCUGUGUCUGAUCAGGAUUGAGGUGGAUUGCUUCUCAUAAGCACAAAGUGUAGCUAAAAACAGAACAAUGGGAAGCCAAGAGCCUGUUAAGCACCUUGAGGAUUGCUCAGUUUCCAACGCGUUGGGCACUUGGGUAUUUUCAGUAGCUGGGGCUUUGCUAGCAAUUCCAGUAGGGAUAAAAAAGAAAUCUUUAGCGCCACUUGUGUUCUUUGGCACAACUGGUACCAUGCUUGAUAUUAUUAUGGGAAUCACUCAGUGUGAAAGAGAACAUGCAGAACGCCAAAAGCAGCUCUUAGAAGCCCAACAUUCUGCAACUGAUGCUUCUUUUGCUGAGACUGGAGCCGAGUCCUAGUCUUGUGCAUAUGGAGCAAUAGGCCGCAUUCUUGGCUGCUAUCAUUUUCUCUUCAGAUUGCUUUGCUGUUAAAGCUAAAUCUCUUUCUGUAAUGAUGGCUCUUUGUUUCUGUUCUGAGCAUUCUUGUUUCAUGGGUUAAUAAUCACUCAGAAGUUGUUAAUUAUGAAUGAGUUCAUGCUAGAUCUCUCUCGGAUGAAACUUCCUUAUGAAAAUUGCAUUGAAGUUGCGCAGAAAAUUUGACUUAUGAA